CCUGUUGAUGUCCAGCAGUUGAUGGUCUUUAAAGAAGAAGUUCCUCAUGAAUGGAGCUGUAGUCAGGAUCAAGAAGACUUGGAACUCCUCCACAUUAAAGAGGAACAAGAGGAGGUGCUGACCAGUCAAGAAGUGCAGGUCCCUGGUCUGAAAGAGGAGGAGGAGGAAGGGGAAGAGCUCAGCAGCACCUCUUGUGCUGAUGUGAAGAAAAAUGACGCAGAUGAUGAGGAGGAGCGAACAGAGUCCUCACAACUUUGUCAGACUCAAACUGAGCCUCCAAGCAGCAGCUCAGGGGAACCAGCAGAAACACACAGUGAGGGGGCAAAAAGAGACAGAAUCACAGACUGUGUCAGACAUUUACAAUCGAAUACUGAUGGAAAGGAUUUGGAUUCAUCAGAGACUGAAGUCAGUGUCGAUGAGGAUGAUGACGACGACGAUGACGUUGAGGAAGAAGAGUGGCAGGAGCCUUUGUCACACUCUGGGUCUGAAAGUGAAGGCAGUAGCAACGUCUGGCAGGAGUCUGAUGGCGUAGACACCAACCGGAGGAGAUCCAGGCGAGUGCACGCAGGUGAGAAGCCGCACAGCUGUGGUGUUUGUGGAAAAAGAUUCACACGUCAAGGUGACCUGAAGAGACAUAAGAGAAUCCACACGGGUGAGAAACCCUUUGGUUGUGGCGUCUGUGGGAAGAUAUUCAGACAGCAGGCGGUCCUGAAGAGCCACAUGAGAAUCCACACAGGUGAGAAGCCCUUUGCUUGUGACCUUUGUGGGAAGAGGUUCAUUCAUCAGUCCAAUCUCAAGUCUCACACCAGAGUUCACACGGGUGAGAAACCCUUCGGCUGUGGCCUCUGUGGGAAAAGCUUCACCGAGCAGGGAAGUCUGAAGAGGCACAGAGAGCUGCACACGGGACAGAAACCCCACGGCUGUGGCAUCUGUGGCAAAAAAUUCAAUCGGAAGGCGCAUUUCAAGACCCACAUGACAGUCCACACAGGUGAGAAGCCGUUCGAGUGUGGAUUUUGUGGAAAACGGUUCAGCCAAAAGACACACUUUAAGUUACACGUAAGAGUGCAUACAGGUGAGAAGCCUUUCUCUUGUGACAUUUGUGGGAAAAGCUUUAGACUCCAGUUUAAUCUUAAAAGACACCAGCGCGUUCACACAGGUGCGAAACCGUUUUCCUGUAGCGUGUGUGGGGAGAGGUUCACCGAGCAGGGCAGUCUGAAGCGACACAGCGGCGUCCACACCGGCGAGAAACCCUUCGCCUGUGAUGACUGCGGCAAGGCGUUCAGUCGCAACACACACCUGAAGAGGCACAUGCGCGUGCACACGGGCGAGAGGCCAUUCGCCUGCAGCGUUUGUGGGGAGAGGUUCACGGAGCAGGGCGUCCUGAAGAGCCACGCCAGGGUGCACACCGGAGAGACGCCGUUUGGCUGCGACGUUUGCGGGAAGAAGUUCAGGCAUCAGUACACGCUGAAGAGACACAGGAGCGUGCACACGGGCGAGAGGCCGUUCGCCUGCCACGUCUGCGGGGAAAGAUUCACACGACUGGGAAAUGUGAAAAGACACAUGAAGAUCCACAUGUGAUCCAUGCUGUGGUUUUGCAGCUUCGGCUGCUACAAAGAACCUUUUUUUUUAUCAUUAAUCCCACAAAAACAUGGAACU